AUGAAUUUAUAAUCUCUGUACCUAAAUGGGAACCUCGAAGGAAAAAAACAACACCGCCGAACGCAUAUAAUAGCUCGUCUACGGAAAAUAUUUAUUCAGAUGUCGUGACACUGAAAGUAAUAACGUUAGCAUAGCUCAUUUCGCGAAUUUAGAGUAGAGACACUUUUACCAUUUACCUCUAUAACGGCACGUACGACUGUGGCGAAUUUAAAAUUCACAAGAUGAGCGGUUAUCGUUGUUUUACUUUGUGCAUUUUGGCUGCUACGACGCUGUUUUCCCAGCUGUCCGCUGCCCCUACACCGGCUCAAUAUGAAGAGGUGCUGAAUCAGGGACAAUCGACCAUGAAUAAUUUAUCAUCCCAAGGACAACAGUACGGGAAUUACGCCAUGAACGAGGCCCAAGCCAAUGGUCAAUACGCCAUGAACCAGAUGCAAUCCAACGGCCAAUACGCUGUAGACCAAAUGAAAUCAGGCGGCCAACAAGCCGUGGACGCAGGUAAAAAUCUAGUCAACAAAGCUCAAAAUUCUAUCGGAAAUAUCAGCCUGAAUCCUUUGAGCUAUGUGCCCUCGUGGAUGCAACCUGAUGCGCAAAAUUUAUCUUAUUUAGCCCAACAAACGUCCAACUACGCCAACUACUACGCUCAGAAAGGUAACGAAAUGCUCAGCAAAGGCGUCGAAGAAGGAAAGGAUAUGUUGAAAUCGGCUCAAGAAACCGGAUCGUACUAUUUGCAAAGAGGAUUGGAAAACGGGCAGUAUUUGAUCGGCAAAGCUAAAGAGAAAGGACAAGAAUUAUCGAGCAGUCUCAACUCAAAGGUGCAGUCCGGUAUGGGACAAGGGAGAGAUUUAACCAAGGGAGGAAUUCAACAAGGAGCUCAAUCCGUUCAGUCGAUGGGAAACUACGAGAAGAGUUACUUGGGCAGUUUGGGAGAUAAAUUGGAUACGGUGAAUGGGUGGGUUGCAGAGAAGCUUUAUAAGACUGCCGAUGGAGUUGGUACUCUUAGUAUUCCUAAUUUAGACCAACAGUUGUACUCGUAUUAAAUGUGGUGUAAUUACUAGAUUUAAAAUAAUGUAGAUUGAAUAAAUGGUGUGUUCGGUUUUGAGAUAAA